AUGAAGGAAGUUGUGAUAGACAUCGCGCCCAAGAGAAUCAAGGGAUUGGAGUUCAGUGCUCUCUCAGCUAGUGACAUUGUUGGGCAGUCCAAGGCAGAAAUCAAAACAAGAGAUCUUUUUGACUUGGAAAAUGGCAGAAAACCUAAAAGCGGCGGUGCUUUAGACACAAGAAUGGGAGUUUCGUCGUCUCACGCUGAGUGCUCGACUUGUCACGGGAAUCUAGCUUCCUGCCAUGGUCAUUUUGGUCAUAUCAAGCUUUCGCUCCCUGUGUUCCAUGUCGGCUAUUUUAAGGCCACCAUCCAAGUCUUGCAGUCGGUGUGUAAAAGUUGCGGAGGGAUGUUGCUGUCUGAUGGUGAUAAAAGAAAAUUCGUGUCUGAAUUGCGUCGUCCUGGUAUUGAUAAUUUAAGAAGGAUGGGCAUUUUGAAGAAGGUUGUCGACCAGUGUAAGAAGCAAAGGAGAUGUUUCAAGUGUGGUAGUCUGAAUGGUGUUGUGAAAAAAGCUGCCGCCGGAUCAGGCUCUGCGUCUCUAAAGAUUCUACACGACACUUUCCGUUGGGUUGGCAAAAAAUCCGCUCCAGAAAAGGACCAGUGGGUAGGUGAUUGGAAAACGGUACUGUCACACCAACCAGAACUAGAGAGAUACGUGAAAAGAUGUACGGAUGAUUUGAAUCCCCUUAAGGUCUUGAACUUAUUCAAACAAAUUGCACCCGAAGACUGUGAGCUUCUCGGCAUUGAUAGCACAGUUAAGUCCGGAAGACCCGAAACUUACAUUUGGAGGUAUUUACCAGCACCUCCGGUGUGUAUUCGACCAUCGGUCAUGAUGCAGGACUCACCAGCUUCUAACGAAGAUGAUCUCACAGUGAAGCUUACCGAAAUCGUGUGGACUUCCUCAUUGAUAAAAGCUGGUCUAGAAAAAGGCAUUUCAAUCAACAACAUGAUGGAACAGUGGGACUACUUGCAGCUAGCUGUCGCCAUGUACAUUAAUUCAGAUUCUGUGAACCCCGCAAUGAUGCCAGGCGGCAGUUCCGGCGGUAAAACCAAGCCCAUAAGGGGCUUUUGUCAGAGACUGAAGGGUAAACAAGGUCGUUUCAGAGGUAAUCUGUCAGGUAAACGUGUGGAUUUUUCUGGUAGAACAGUAGUUUCACCUGACCCUAAUCUGUCAAUUGACCAAGUUGCCGUACCAGAUCGUGUUGCUAAAGUAUUGACCUAUCCUGAAAUGGUGACUCGUUAUAACAAACAGAAGUUACAGCAGCUGGUUAUUAACGGACCCAAUGAACAUCCUGGUGCCAACUACCUAAUCAAAAAAAAUGAAGAAGCAAGAAGAAAUUUGCGCUACGGUGAUAGAAUGAAACUGGCCAAAAACUUGCAGUACGGGGAUGUAGUCGAGAGACAUUUGGAAGAUGGAGACGUCGUACUAUUUAACAGACAACCCUCAUUGCACAGACUUUCUAUUCUUUCACAUUAUGCCAAGAUUAGGCCUUGGAGAACAUUUCGUUUGAAUGAAUGUGUCUGUACUCCUUACAAUGCGGAUUUCGAUGGUGACGAAAUGAACUUACAUGUUCCUCAGACAGAGGAGGCUCGUGCUGAAGCAAUCAACCUAAUGGGUGUGAAAAAUAACCUUUUGACUCCUAAAUCAGGUGAACCUAUCAUUGCGGCUACACAAGAUUUUAUCACCGGAUCAUACCUGAUCUCGCACAAGGAUUCCUUCUAUAGCAGAGCCGAAUUCGUUCAACUACUUUCAAUGAUGUCCGAUGGUAACCUCCGGUUUGAUAUACCACCCCCGGCCAUCAUGAAGCCCUAUUACAUGUGGACUGGUAAGCAGGUGUUUUCACUUCUCAUCAAGCCCAAUAAAAAUUCUAAUGUCGUGAUUAAUCUAGACGCAAAGAAUAAAGUUUACAUUCCACCAAAGAGGAAAGAAUUCCCCAACGAGAUGUCUCAGAACGAUGGAUUUGUUGUUAUUCGGGGUUCUCAAAUUUUGAGUGGUGUCAUGGAUAAAUCGGUUUUAGGUGAUGGUAAGAAGCACUCUGUUUUUUACACCAUUUUGAGAGACUUUGGCCCACAAGAGGCAGCUUUUGCGAUGAAUAGGAUGGCCAAGCUAUGUGCUAGAUUUUUAGGUAACAGGGGCUUUUCUAUUGGUAUCAACGAUGUAACUCCAGGUCAAGAACUGAAGAAGAAAAAGGAAAUUAUGGUCGAAGACGCUUAUUUGAAGUGUGACCAGUUAAUUGACUUGUUUGACAAGGGAAAAUUGGAAACUCAGCCGGGUUGUAAUGAAGAACAGACUUUAGAAGCCAAGAUUGGUGGUUUAUUAUCAAAGGUCAGAGAAGAAGUGGGUGAGGUAUGUAUAAAAGAAUUGGACAAUCUGAACGCUUGUUUGAUUAUGGCCAACUGUGGUUCCAAAGGGUCCACGUUAAACGUCUCGCAAAUGGUGGCAGUUGUUGGUCAACAAAUUAUUUCUGGUAACCGUGUUCCUGACGGCUUUCAAGAUCGUUCUUUGCCUCACUUUUUGAAAAACUCGAAGACUCCCCAAUCCAAGGGUUUUGUGAGAAACUCUUUCUUUUCCGGUUUGUCGCCACCUGAAUUCUUGUUUCACGCAAUUUCGGGGCGUGAAGGUUUGGUCGACACUGCUGUCAAGACCGCUGAAACUGGUUACAUGUCGCGUAGGUUGAUGAAAUCCUUGGAAGAUCUGUCUUGUCAAUAUGAUAAUACUAUCAGAACGUCUUCAAAUGGUAUUGUCCAAUUUACUUACGGUGGUGAUGGUCUUGAUCCUAUUGAUAUGGAAGGCAACGCACAACCCGUUAAUUUUGCCAGGUCAUGGGAGCAUGCUAACAAUAUAACUUUCAAUCAUCAUGAUGGAGCUUUGCUUCCAUACCAAAUAAUGGCAUUAACAAAUCGAAUUUUGGAACCACUUGAGAGCAGAUUGGUGAGAUACGACAAUCUAGGAAAUGUUUUAGAUGUCAAGCUUCAAGAUUGUCCGGAGUUCAUUGAUCAGUUUGAUGCCGAAAGGAACUUCUACCAGUCCUUGAGAUCCUACUUGAAGGAGAAAGCUUCUUCUCUUGCAAAGAUCCGGAAGCGUAAGGGGUUGAAACAAUACCUUGAUGAGCCAGCAAUCGAGUUGCAGUCUAUGGAUUUGGACGAGCAGGUGCCAGAAUCAACACUAACAUCCAUUGACCAACUUUGUAAGAUCAGUGGUCUGUUAGUUGAGAAGUUUCUUGAAAUUGCGAUAUUCAAGUACCACAAAGCUAAGGUGGAGCCAGGGACUGCGGUCGGUGCGGUCGGUGCCCAUUCUAUUGGUGAACCAGGUACUCAAAUGACUCUAAAAACCUUCCACUUUGCUGGUGUGGCUUCCAUGAAUGUUACCCUUGGUGUUCCGCGUAUUAAAGAAAUUAUUAACGCCUCUAAAGUCAUUUCAACUCCUAUCAUUAAUGCUGUUCUGGUGAACGACAACGAUGAACGGGCCGCUAGAGUAGUGAAAGGAAGGAUAGAAAAAACAUUAUUGUCUGACGUUGCAUUUUACAUACAAGAUGUAUACAGGGACAACAUGUCACUGUUGCAGGUAAAGGUCGAUCUAGGCACCAUUGAAAAACUCCAACUAGAGCUGACUGUUGAAGACAUCGCCAUAGCGAUAACGAGAGCAUCUAAACUGAAGAUUUCUCAGUCAGAUGUUAGCAUUGCGGGUAAAGACAGGAUCAACAUUGCGGUAUAUCCAGAAGGUGCUAAGCUUAAAUCUAUUUCGACAUCAGCAAAGGAGCCAUUGGAUAAUGAAUUAUUUUACAGGAUACAGCAUCUACGUCGUGCUCUACCUGGAAUUGUUGUUAAGGGUCUAUCUGACAUUGCCAGGGCUGUUAUCAACGUCAAGGACGAUGGGAGGAGAGAGCUAUUGGUGGAAGGUUAUGGUUUACGGGAUGUAAUGACCACGGACGGUGUAAUAGGAUCGAGAACAAAAACUAAUCAUAUUCUAGAAGUUGUCAGCGUAUUGGGUAUUGAGGCUGCAAGGACGAGUAUCGUUGGGGAAAUCGAUUACACCAUGAGUAACCACGGUAUGAGUGUAGAUCCUCGUCACGUUCAAUUGCUGGGUGACGUUAUGACAUACAAAGGUGAAGUUUUAGGUAUUACGCGGUUCGGCUUGAGUAAAAUGAGGGACUCUGUUUUACAGCUUGCGUCUUUCGAAAAAACGACGGACCACUUAUUCGAUGCUGCUUUUUACAUGAAGAAAGAUGCCGUGGAAGGUGUUUCUGAGUGUAUUAUUCUAGGCCAAACGAUGUCAAUUGGUACAGGGGCUUUCAAGGUUGUCAAGGGAACUGCUAUCUCCCCUGAAGACUUGAAACCAAAGCUUGCCUUGUUUGAAAGUUUGUGCAGUAACGGCACGGCGGUGAAAGUCAAUUGA